GCAUACAGAAUUAUUAAUUGUCAGGUGCCAGAGUGUGACCGGAAUCAGGCUGGAGGGGUCAUGAUAGGAGACCCUGGAAUGAGGAUGAUCAUGUGAUGUCACUGCGGGGGGGUGCGGGGGGUGCAUCGGACACACGGUGAAUCUCCCCGGUUAAAACAAGCUGUUGUUCCACCCGCCUGCGGUGAUCUCCAUGAAUGGGUGGGGGUUGGUCACAGCAACAGUGCUUUUCACAAAAAGCGACACACACCGCCUGAUUGGACAAGCAGAGGCUGCUCCUGUCCGAGGGGUAAUUAGUACAAUUUGCCCCAAGCAUCCCCCCAUCCCCCGUUUCCUUUCACAUGAACAUAUCAGGUCUUUGUCGCAGGAUUUAAUGCAGCUCGCGUGAUGCGGUAAAAGUAACACCUGCAACAACCGUCUUGUGUUUUCCGCACUCUAAUACCCUGGUAGAAAAACGCUACCUCCUUAUGUCCCGUCAUGUAAAGGACAUUGCAACUGGCUAAAAGUAUCUGUUUAUACACAUUGUGUGUGUUUGUGUGUGUGUGUGGUAAAUAUAUACUGUAGUACUGUUCAGUUACUAGAUCUCCGAUUCAGCAAGAAUCCCUUGCAUCUCUCUUGUUCUUUCCUUUCUCUCCCCCUUGCACCCCUCCCCCACGCUCUUGUCAGCUAACUAACCAGGUCACUUGGAAUUUACCCAUAAUGCAUCACCAGCGCUGCCACAAAGCAACAUAUGGAUAGCAUUAGAGGCCAGGAUGACCCGACCUGCUCUUUAACCUGAUGUGUACCGCGCUCUACUCUGCUCCCGCAGCCCCCGGCCGCUCGAUCCGCAGCUCAAACAAGGCAGUCACGUCAGGCGCGAUGUCCUCUUUCUGUCGGUGUCCUUUCUCCACAUUUGUGACGAUUACAAAAGGCAACGAGGCGUCGUCACAAAUUUUGGUUAAUUCCAUCAUCCACACAGCUGAUGGAGCUCAGUGUUAUUUGCAGGGGUUGUGAUGCUUCCUCGUAUUUUUCUUGGCCGUAGCAGGAGGAUUUAAUGUCCCUGUUUAAACCAGUCGAACCCUUGGCACGUCCCCAGGGCCCUCGCCGGGACAGCGGCUUUUUUUUUUUUUUUUUUUUUGUGCUUUGGGAUCAAGUUACAUCCAAUGUCACUGUGAGGGGCCUCAUAACUGUAGCAAAGAUUUUUCUUUGUUAAUGUUUCAUACUUGUGUACAGUUACAAAAAUCAACAUGUUUGUUUAUUAUUUCAGAUACAUGGAAUUUUCCAUUUUAAAUGGCUAUACACACACACAUACUGUACAUGUGUUCAUAACUGAAAAUGAAUCCACUGUUUUAAGUGAAAUCUGUCCUAAGAAAUUGGUGGAGGAACCUAAGUAUGCGGAAGAUCUGUUGAAAACUGUGGCUCAACUAAGACUGUAAAAGGGCAUAAUAAAGGAGAUUAUCAAAAACAACAAUGUUAUUAUCAUCAGCAGCACACAGAAGCUCCGCUCAUGUUAUGCUGUAGAUAAACUGGCAGAAUGGGGGGGGCGAACCAUUCCCAGUGACGUCAUUGCAGCAGAUCGCAGUGAGGACAAAGAUCGCCAUGACAACCCACGGAAGUGCGCGGAAGGUUGGGCUACUUUCCUGCUCAUGUUUCCCGCACCCAGAGAAGCGGAACAGGUCUCGAGCCACCGAGCGCGCGAAGCGUCACCGUAGUCCAACGAACGCGCACGUGUCUCGUCCUGAAAUCGCACACUGUUUUAACAGCAUUCGCGAAGCAGCUCUCUUGUAUCCGUUCGUUUACUCCUGACAUGCGAUCUGUCGAAAAGUUCUCGUUUCCUCUGCAAAAUACGUCUCGCACUCGCGAUGAACCUGUGACGCAAUUAGGAAGCGAAGAGCGACGUGUCGUGCACCGCUGGCUCGCGACCGCCACCUAGCGGCCACAUCGCGCAACUUCACCGUCGUUUUCCCCCCUCAGUCGGAGCCUGUUCACUGUGAAACAGUUGUUUUCACCAUAAAUUAAUGGAGCUGAAGUAAAACAAAAAGCUUAAUAUUGUGGGCACUCUGUUUCAUACCUAUAUGAGCUCGAGACAGGACAGUGCCCGGGGUUCAAGCCCACCACCUGCUGUAGCACCGGAGUUGCCUCAGUAGAAGCGACCCGGCUCACUUGUCAGGAAUGUGACAGAGCGCAGUCAGUACCCUGGUAAACGGAGGAAGACAAGUGAAAUUCGGCUGUGUUACGUUACAUUAUGUGCUGGAGUCGGAAUCUUCUAGAGAAGUCAUUUUCAAAAUGAUUUUGUUGAGGGACAGCCCCCCCCCCUGACGUAACACAUCUUUGUGCUGUUCUCUGAGACGUACGUGGCUUUGGAGAAAAGUUUCCAGGCCAAUGAGUGUAAAUAAGCGUAAACGUAAACUCGCCCCGGCGCGGAUGACGUCAUCACUUUCGCUUUCGCUUCGAGGCGAGAGCUCGCGCGAUUGGCCAGCGGUGCUGCGUGCGGGGACGGCUCGCGCUCCCGACCGGCGUCUCUCCGCGGGAAAUGUCAGUGAGUAACUGCAGACACGUUCACCAUGUUCUGGGCCUCCCUGACGAGCUCGCUGCCUAGACGUGAACUGAGACUUUGUCGUUUAUUGUUGUUGUCUUCCUCUCAAAGAUGUUUCACUCGUCACUCCUAGUCCUACCCUUCGCUUUAAGUACCAAUUGUCUUCCUCCUCCUGUCCGCGCCGAUCAUGUCACGCCUGCCUUGGCUUGGAGAGAUGAAGCGCAACGACAGCUCUCAGGUGAAACCGUUGCUCAGCCCCGAUGGUGGAACCCCAGACUCCAGGAGCCAAGACAAGGCGGUCAAAGAGAACCAGAUGGGCAGGUGUCCUCUACCGAGCCUUCCGUCCAGCCCCAGGAGGGACGACAAGGCUAAAAAAUCACCGAGCUCCCAUCGCCACGGCAGCGUCGGAGGGUGGAGCGGGGCGCGGGCGGCAGGAAACGAGGAUGACGAGGCUCCGGUAGACGUGCCCUUGUCUGAGCUGAAGAAACUUCCUGCUUGUCACAUGGAGCUGGAGAAGUUGUCCUUCAGCACGACCCACACUGUGCUUGUGAAUGUGAAUGAGUUCCAUGUGGGACGCCUGCUCCCGCAAUCAGGUUCACUGAAAUGGGACAGUAAUUUUGUGAAAAUGCCGUUCUGCGAUGCACAGCGUUCGCGAUGGGAAGAUAUCCAGAAAUAUCUGUCCCAUCUGUCAGACGCUCCCUCACCGGCCAAGGUUGAGAAAGCCAUAAAGAAAUACAACCCAAGCUACAGAGACCAGUGGACCUUUGAUGCUCUUCAUUGUUUCUUUGAGUCGAUACCCGAAGACGAAAGAGAGACGGUGUUGCACACCUUGUCGAAAAUGGCCAAGCUGGCUCUGAAGUUACCUGCUCUGUGCCCCAAGGCCAUUCCGCUCCUGAGACGGGGGACCAAUUGCUCCAUCACGCUGUCCCAGCGCCAGAUAGGCUGCCUGCUGGCCAACGCUUUCUACUGCACCUUCCCGCACCGCAACACCACCCAGCGCCACUCGGAGUACUCCAGCUUCCCCACCAUCAACUUUUCCAGCUUGUUUGGUGGUUCAUCAGAGCGGAAGAACCAGAAGUUCAAAGCGCUGUUCAACUAUUUCAGAAUCAUAACAAGUGAAGAAAGCUGUCCCUUUGGACUGGUCACCUUCCAGAGAUGCUGCCUAUCGAAGCCACCCGAUUGGAGGAGAGAAUCGGCGAUGUUCACCAAACUUCACAUCUCCUCCAAAGGCAGCAUUGAAGAACAGGGCACAGGAAUGUUGCAGGUGGACUUCGCCUGCAACAUGGUAGGAGGCGGUGUGCUGAGCUCCGGCCUGGUGCAGGAGGAAAUCCUGUUUCUCAUCCACCCUGAGCUGAUUGCGGCUCGACUCUUCACCGAGCGCCUGGACGACGUGGAGUGCCUUAAAAUCACAGGAGUGCAGCAGUACAGCACCUACAAGGGCUACAGUGACACCUUCAGAUAUACGGGACCCCACACGGACGACACCCCAAGAGAUGAAUGGAAGAGACUCCAGAGACAGAUAGUCGCCAUCGACGCGGUAUGCUUCACGAGACGUAGAGAGCAGUACUGCGUGAGCAGUGUGUGCCGAGAGCUGAACAAGGCUUACUGUGGCUUCCAGGGAGACUUCAAUACGCCCCCCGACUACCUUCCAGCGGUUGCUACGGGCAAGUGGGGCUGCGGCGCCUUCAACGGUGACCCUAAACUCAAAACCCUCGUACAGCUCAUGGCCGCAGCCCUGGCCCAGAGGGACGUGGCCUACUUCACCUUCAAAGACGGACAGCUCGAGAAGGAUGUGCAGGAGAUUCAUCGCUUCUUAGUCAGCCGAAAAGUCACCAUAGGACGCCUCUACCACGCGCUGGAGAAUUACUGCUCUCAUGUUCAUCGGACCAGAGAGCUUCCAGACCUGUACAAGUUCAUCAGAGACAACGUCACCGACACCACGAGUAAACACUAAUGGACGGCUGGCGCUCGUCACACCACUUUACCAGUGUUAAAACUCAGCAGAUCGAAACGUGGCACUGAAGUACGAAGACUGCAGGGGGUCCUCUGGGACAUGUUUUGGAUGGGUUCUAAUCAGGUGUGAGAGAUUGGCCCCAUACAGCCAGGGGGCACCGGCUGCUUGUAGACAUAACAUAUUUACCCCUAUGAAGUGUGGUGUAACAGGCUGUUGUAUUUUCUACUCAAUCUCUAUUUAAUCAAGCAGAUUCUUUGACUUAAGACAAGGACCUGAGCUUUAUAAUUUCUAAUAUUUUAAUGAGUAAAUAUUAACAGCUGUUGGCAAUUCCUCUGUGACACGCUAUGCAUUACAUGUAGAGAAAAGCAAGCAGACAAAAGCUACACUUGUAUUUUAUUAAAUGAAGCGAAGUACAGCAAGAAUGUAAAUCACCAGUAUGAAAAUAAAUAAAUCCAUUGUCAGAUCAGAUUUUUUUUUUUUUAUACAAGUUCCUGCUAAAAUGUCACGUUAAUAGAGGUCAAUAAAUUAGUGCGGUUCUUCUUCAA